UUUCUCUCCGUUCCUGAGAAGAGAACGUCUCUCUCUCUCUCUCUGUGUGGAGAGCCAGGAAGAUAAAAACCCUCCGGCGAUCCUCGCGAUCGCGAUCUCGAUCUCGCCGCCGUCUCUUCCCUCUAUCGAAUUCGAUCUCGGGGAUCUUGCGAUCGCCGAAUCUCCGCUUCUCCCGGCGUCGAUCGCCGCCGGAUUUCGGGGCCGGGGGCAGGGGUCGAUGCGGCCCGCCGGGCUCGCCCUUUUUUUGGAGUGGUUCUAGGGUUUCGGUUUUGGGGCGCUUGGAGGCGGUGGGUGGAGAAGGAUUUGGGCCGGGGUGUCUCGUGUUGGGCGGUGGGGCAGGGUGGGUGAUUGGAUGCUGUCGGUAAGGAGGGGUGAUGAGGGAAGAAGGCAGAUAGGAUUAGGGUUUAGGGGGAUGGAGGAGAACGAGCUUGAAGAAGGAGAGGCGUGCUCCGGGCAGGAGGAGGAGGACGACUCCUGCAUCGACCCCGAUAUCGCCCUCUCCUACAUCGGCGAAAGACUUCACGAUGUACUGGGACACUUCCAAAAAGAUUUUGAAGGUGGAGUGUCUGCGGAAAACUUGGGGUCAAAGUUUGGGGGAUAUGGUUCAUUUUUGCCUACUUACCAGCGCUCUCCACCCAUGCUGGCUCAACCUAAAAGUCCACCAAAGGCGCCAAACACCAAUGCUGCAAGAUCUCCCUAUGCCCCUUCAUUUGAGGGUACACGUCAGAAUCCUUCAACCGGGACGUGGUUAUCACUUUCCAAAAAUAACACUGCCUCAGCAUCACCAUUAGAUAACUCAAGCAAAAAUAACAUUGGCACAGUCAAUGAUGAGAAGCCUAUUCCCCAGCAUGAUUCCUUGAGUAAACCAGUUAAUAGUAGUGACCAGAAGACACUAAAGGUCCGGAUAAAAGUUGGCCCUGAUAACAUCUUGGCAAGAAAUAAUGCUGCUAUCUACAGUGGCCUGGGCCUCGACAUGUCUCCAUCUUCAUCACUGGAGGACAGCCCGGACGGGAGUGGAGGCCUUACCCCUGAAUUUCCAGAUAUGCCUGAUGAAUCUCCCAGGACCAUUCUCCAGAUGAUGACAUGCUUUUCAGUACCUGGGGGAUUUUUGCUUUCACCUCUUCGAGAAAGUCUAUUCCAGCUGACUAAAAAAGAUACUUCUUUCGUCAAAAACUGUAAAACAGGCAUGCUUUACAAGGGCAUUCCUGAAAAGUAUGCGGUCUUAGGUGAUUUGGCACUGCCUAUUAGAGAUGUUGAAGGUUGCAGUGAAAACAAAAUGAAAUCUGAUGACAAGAAAGGGAGGUCCAUGGAAGUAAAGAAUUUAAAAUACCAAGAUGACAUAGACACAAAUUUGAAUAGGGAAACUGACAUUGAAAGCCCAGCUGGACAAGAGCUUGUUUCUAAUGCAAUGAAUUUACCAUCCUUAUCUGGUUCAAGGAAUGCUGAUAAAAAGGCAGAAAGGCAGAUAGUUGGGGAGUCAGUGAAAGGUGGCAAUAGGAUGUUGAAUGGGUUGAAGGAACCAAAGAAGAUACAAAUGAAGGAGAGAAUACCCUCACCUGAUUUAGUGAAGCAUAAACAAUUGGAGUCAUUGGAAAACAUGGAAAAUAAUGGGGCUGGCAAUUUAGGAAACGAAACAACAAAUUCAAAAGGGAAAUUUAACUCAAAAACAAUUAUGGCAGAUAAGGGCUUGGAAGAACGAAAUAUAUGUAAUCCAAAGGGUGCUUCAUUUGAUUUGCAACGAGAAGUCGGAGGCAAAGUUAAGGAAAAAUAUGAUCCAGGCAAUGCCCAUUCUGACAGGCUUAAGGGAAGGAAGGAGCGAAUUUCUGGACCUGCAGAUCACAUUAAACAUGUUCCAUCUCAGAAAGCUACUCCAUGUGAAGAAGAUGGAGACAAGAUAUUCCGAGGAAAGGACCAGUUUGAAGGCAAAAGAAAACUGGGAAAACAAACUGAUGCUGCAUUACUCAUGGAGUUAUCAAAGGAUAACCUGAGUGGUCAUUCUUCUGCAUCCUUAAAAGAAAAAAAGAAAAAGUCUCAUGCAAAAGCUAACUAUUCUGAAAAGAAGUUCAAAGUUUUAAAAUCCCGCAAAGAACUGAGUGGUGACUCCUUUAAAGAGUUGCAUGGGGAUGUUUUGGGUGAUAUAAAUGCCAAACAGCUAGAGAAGGGAACUGAUAUGCCGGAUUUACAUUCCAAAGAUGAGAUGAAAGUUCUGAAGCCUGAGCAUGAGGAGCCGUUUCAAUCUAUUAAAACAUCAAAGGAGAGGUCAGGUGGCAAAAAGAUCGAUAAGCCUCCAAUCACUGAUGUGCCUGUUAAUGAACCCACAGUUAUGCCUUUGAUGGGCAAUGCACAAACUUCAGGUGCGGCUGCUGCCCCUUAUGCUCCUGUUGUUAUAGAGGAACAUUGGGUAUGUUGUGAUGCAUGCCAGAAGUGGCGCCUCUUACCCUACUGGACAAAUCCUGAUCAACUACCCAAGAGUUGGCAAUGUAACAUGCUUAAUUGGCUGCAUGGAAUGAAUAGUUGCGAAAUCGGCGAGGAGGAAACAACAAAAGCUCUAAAUGCACUCUACCUGGUUCCCGCUGCCCCAGAGACUGGUGCUAGUUUGGAAGGUCAUAAUGUUGCUGCAUCAGGCAUUACAACAACCAAUGCUCAGUAUCGCAAUCAAAAACUUGAACGUAAUUUGCAGAGUGUGCCUGCUGUUCGGAAGAGGAAAAAUGGACCCAAGGAUGCAUCAAAUGUGUCUAAUCAUUCAAUUCAGUCUUCAAAUCCUGUGAAAAUGAGCCAGCAGGCCUCUAUCAAAAAUAGAAGUUUAAAUAAUGCAAGCCAGUAUCCUUUUGAAACUAACUCAUUGGACAAAGUCAGCAUUGGACACACAAGAAAAUCAACUGACUUCUCUUCGGAGAAGCAAAAACACAAACAAAAGGAGAAGCACAAAAAUCUGGGCUGCUAUUCAAAUGGAGGUGAUUUUAUGGAAAAGAGCGGGAAACAAUCAAAGCCGAAGAGCAAGAGAGAGGUCGAGCAAGAUGAUUCUAGAGCAUUUAAAAAAAUCAAGAACGAAGGAUCACAUUAUCUCAUCAAAGAUUGUUAUCCUGACCAUGAUGUAAUUGGAAAAGAAGGUCCUGACAUGGCUAAUGGUCUGUCAACUAAGACAAUUGCAAAAAAUCGUCAGAAACACAACAAUAUUUCUUUGUCCAAGGACUUGAAGUGCGAGACAAAAGGCAGCUUAUCUGUGUCAUCUAGGAGGUUAAAAAAUGAAGUUCAGGAUAUUUCAAAUGGGGAGAUUAAAGAAACAUUCAGCACGUCAGAUCUUGAAAAACCCGAGGGACUGAGGUUUGCUGCUAAGAAAAGAAAACCGAAGGAGUGGCAGGACAGUCAGGAGGCCCAGGCUUCCCUUAAUGAAGUAUUAAGUGACAAUGAGAUGUUAAAGUCAAAGAAGGCUAGGGUUUCAAAUUCCGAUGGAAUGGGUUCUAGUGCAAGUAAGAUUGAUGGUGGGAUGGACAAAAGAGGUUCCUCAAUGAGGGCUAUCUUGCCUUCCAGUAGAGAACAUCUACCUGAUGGAAUGGAUGAUGAGGGCAGCUAUGCUGUUGGAAAGGAGUAUCAGUUGGGGCAGUGCCGGGGGACUACAUCUCAACAGGCAUUGGACUGUGUUGAUCCCUUGAAGAGUGAUAUGGCUUAUGCACAGGCUUCUACGGCAGCUACUUCAAGUUCUUCAAAGGUUUCAAGCUCCCGCAGAAGUAAAGCCAACUUUCAGGAACUCAAGGGCUCUCCAGUAGAGUCAGUUUCUUCAUCUCCAUUGAGGAUUUCAAACACUGAGAAGCUUUUUACCAAAAGAAAAUCAGUGGUAAAGGAAGAUGCAAUAAAUGUUGGUUCCUCUGUCCUGAGGAGCCCAAAAAGAUGUUCAGAUAGUGAAGUCGAUGGUGAAAGUGACCGUUCGCGAAAAAUAAGGAAGGAGACAUCUUAUUCUGUCCAAAGACGACCUAUAGAAAAUUAUAAAGCAGCAGAAUCUGGAGUUUUAGAUUCUGUGAGAAGGCCACUGAAUCGCCAGAGCAGAGAAGCAAAUCAAUUAUCUGGCGGCAAAGUCGAAGAUGAGAUGCUUUUGAAAAGGGGUGCAUGUGAUGGUGUCUCAACCGCUGAAUUUGAAGAGAUUAAUGUGGUGAGUGGUACUAGAAAUCUUAUGGAUCUUGAUAACAACUGUCUUCAUGAAUCUCCAUAUAAAGACCAUGCUCAAGAUCUUGAUAAGCUGAAUAAACACCACCAGGUAGAUGGUUCUAGUCAUCAGAACUUUGGUAAGAACUCUUCUUUGAAGUUCAAGGGGAGACAUAGGAGUUCUAAAUCAGACAUGGACAAUAGUAAACUGAAGGUUUCUGGUUCUUUUUGCGAAAACAAGGAUUCAUAUUCUACCAAGAAUGGCAGCAGCUGCCGACAGAAGGUUGACCUUGAUUCUCAUCAGCAUUCUACUUAUCUUGAAAAUGCGAGGGAUAAAAAUUACAGUUUUGAGGGGAAGGAUGAGAAAGAUUGCUCAGGGAAGAAAGACUGUACUGCAAGAUCUUCUACAGGUAGAAGAGAUAAUAACUCAAGUUUUGGAAUACAAGAAAGUUUGGAUGAGCAUGGUCCUUCCGUUCUUCCUAUUCAGCUCAAAGAUCUUGACUCACGAGUUUCAGCUGUAGGAGCUAGAUGUGGCAAAUCCAAUGUACAUGAUGGCCUACAAUUGGGAUCUUCUUACAAUGAGGAAAAAUCACCAAAUCACUUAAUUUCUGGUCAGAUUGAUCUACCGGAACUGCCAUUUCUUACAGGGAAAGCACAUUCAAUUUUGUCUUUUAGGGAUAAACAAGGAACUCACUGUCCGGACCCUCAGAAGUUCUCACCUGUCAAGGAAAGCAGGUCAGAAGUACCCUCCUGUGAUGCAGUAAAUGCUGAUACAUCCAAGACAGGGAAACAAUCUAGACAGCCCAAUAUCCAGAAUGGAUUGCACCAUCCAGGUUUGAGGCAGGCCACCCCAAAUGAUCCUGACACAUCAAGUCCAAUUCGAAAGGAUGGCCAUUCUGCUGCACACAUUGUCAUGAAAGAAGCAAGAGAUUUAAAGCAUACAGCUAAUCGUUUAAAGAGUGAGGGACUAGAACUUGAAAGCACAAGCCUAUACUUUCAGGCAGCAUUGAAGUUUCUGCAUUGUGCCUCUCUUAUGGAGCCUCUCAGUUUUGAUAGUGCAAAACAAGGAGACCCUUCCCGUUCAAUGCAGAUGUAUUUUGAAACAGCAAAACUCUGCGAAUUUUGUGCUCAUGAAUAUGAAAGAUGCAAAGAGACGGCAGCUGCUGCUUUAGCAUACAAGUGUGUAGAAGUGGCCUAUUUGAAGUCUGCAUACUACAAAUAUCCUAAUGCAAGCAAAGACCAACAUGAAUUGCAAGCAGCUCUUCAGAUUCUUCAGCCAGGGGAGUCUCCGUCUUCUUCUGCUUCAGAUGUUGAUAAUUUAAACAAUCAGGGUACAUUAGGUAAGGCUAUGUCAGCCAGAGGUGUUACUUCCCCUCAGGUUGCCGGCAACCAUGUUAUAGCUGCUUGCAAUCAUCCCCACGUCAUGCGGUUGCUCAGCUAUACAAGUGAUGUAAACUGUGCAUUUGAAGCAACCAGGAAAUCAAAGAUUGCUAUUGCAGCUGCUAGUGCCAGCCUGGAGAGGGACAGGGCUGAUGGCAUGUCUUCUGUGAGAAAAGUUCUGGAUUUCAACUUUGACAACGUAGAAGGACUAUUGCGACUUGUACGACUGUCAAUGGAGUCUAUUAAUUGUUGAGUGCUCAAAGAUAGAGGAAGAUUGGCCCUGUGAAUAGAAACAAGGGAUCAUGUUGUUCUGCUUUAUCCUCUGCUGUGCUGGUUAUAUGGGGGUGAAAAUGCUCGAUUAGUUUCCGUCUCACUUUUAUGAUAGCAUAUUCUUUCUUCCAAAAGGGCCUGGACUUUUAAGUCUUGCUUCCUGUAAAAUGUGUACAGAAAGUUCACCUUGCAGUCUUUGUAUUCAUUGCAGCCUUUGAUGUUUUUAGGCUCGUUUAAGGCUUGAAUUCAUUGGCCCUUGCACCAUCAACUGUAGAGAGGUGACAGAUGAUGUGCAUUUUCUUAUUAGUCUCUGCAACAUGAUGGAGAUCAUGCUAUAGACAGGGUUGUUCACUUUCUUUAUUCAUGGAUUCAAAAUAUGUGAUGAAAACAUCAUGGAAGUGGGCCGACAUGAAUUGUUUUCCGUUAAGCUCGGUCUGGUUUGGGUGCCAAAUGUGACCUUGUUUAAAAUGCCAUGAAGCAGAAUACAGCUGACAUUGCUUGUCAUGGUUGUCCUAUUGGUUUUUGUUGAUAACUAGGGUUGGAGCAUAUGUGAUCAUGGAAAGGGCAGACUAGUACUGAGCAAUUAUAGUGUAGUUAUACAAGACAUUCAGUUCGUAGGUUCUCUGACAUUGAAGCAUCUGAGUUCUAACCUUACCCGAAGAGGGGAUUUGUUAAAUCAUAACACUAACAUAAUGUGGGGAGCAAGGGUCUUUUUGUUGGGUUCUUGUUGCGUUAGUCUUCAGUCAAAAUUCCAACAGGUUGGAAAAGAUGGUAAGGUGACCGAGUAGCGACAUGGGCGGCUAUAUGCUUUUAGUUGUUUUGAUCGGUUUGGAUCAAGAAUUGUACAAAAGCACACCCUCUGAGUUGGACCUGGUUACUCCCCAUGUAUUUAAAUAGAAGAAAAGUUUUAUUUCAAAAUAAAAGGUUUCAAAAUAAAAAAAAGUUUUAUACUUUAACAUGCUAGCAUGAUUUUUUCCCCCCCAA